AUGGAAACCUGCGCAAUGUUUAUUUAUACUGGAGGUUACUGGGUUACUACACAAAAUUCUCUCCAAACAUCCCCCUCGAUUUUUCUCUCAAUCGAAUUCAUACAACAAUUUUGCCACUACGAGACGUUGAAACAUUCCGUUAGCCUUCCAGUCGUCGUUUCCAUCACAAUCUCGACGAAACUAUCAACCGCGCUUUUAUGUCUGUUGCCUGUCAGGUGUACAACAUAAUUUUUGUCUUCGAUUAAAAAGUGAAAGAAGGGAAGAAGAAAAAAAAAAAUUAUUUGCUUUGGAAAUUAUGAUUUUAUAUCAUUCGGUCUUAAUUCGAAUGGUGUGAAGUUGUGGUGUGUGGUGCAAGUUACAAGGAGAAAGGUCUGUUUGUCUUGGGAAAAGAAGGGAAAAAAAAUGUGUUAAUUAAAUGUGAACAGAAAGAAGUUAAGAGAAUUUGUUUUGAUUGAGUGGCAACUUUUUUUUUCUGUUGAUUUGGGUCAGCCAGGAGUAUAAUUUUUUCAGAAUGAACAGCAACGCAUUUGAUGUCAAAACAGUGAGAUUGUUAAUUUGGUUCCUGAUAACGGCUAACAGUAAAUGGCAAAAUCAUGCUUUCAUGAAUACCCACUACAAUGACAUGUACUACUCCUGCCCUUUGAAUUCGUUGUGUCAGUGUGCAAACCUGCCAAACGAAACAUAUUUGCAUAAAAUAAGUUGCAACGAGGUUUCGCUCUAUAAAUUUCCGGAAUUUAUUUACAGCACCGUCAAACAUGUAGAUAUUCAAAACAAUCAUAUUCAGACUGUGGAUGAUGAAACGUUUCAAGGAUUGCGGCUGGAAUCACUUAAAAUAACUGCAAACAAAAUACAUCACAUGUCGGAUAGAAGUUUAAGUUCUAUGGCACAUUCAUUGGUAUCAUUAGACAUAUCUGGAAAUGAAUUUCAACAACUUCCGUUACCAGCUAUAAGAAACACUCAUACAUUAACCAGAUUAAAUGCGCAAAGUAAUCAAAUCCAAAGUUUGAAUGGCGAUUGGGGAAAUAUGGUCGAUACACUGCGAACGCUACAUCUAUCAAAUAAUUCAUUAUUUGACUUACAACACGCAAAUGAUAACAUCGACAUACAAUCGAUUAAUGCAACGACGUCUAUGCCAAUAAAAAGUUUUUCAAAACUUCGGAAACUCGUCUGGCUGGAUUUGAGCAAAAACCGUAUCAAUCACAUCGGUCCAAACUACCUACCAAGACUGCUGGUAACACUUGAUUUAUCGAGAAAUAUUUUUUCCACAAUAUCGACGAGUAUGUUUGAGCAUUUACAUGAUUUGAAAAUACUCUCCAUGAAGGAUAAUUUAAUUUCCAAAGUUACUGGCAUCGAACUCAAAAAUAAAUUACGUUUGGAAAAGUUUGAUUUGAGCUUAAACAAUAUCGACGAAUUACCAGCGAAUUUAUUUAAUGGCAGCAUACACUGUAAAGCCAUUAAUUUCGAUAAAAAUUUCAUUUCAUUUUUGCCGGAUAACGUUUUUAUGGGACUCGGAACGGUGCACAUGGUAUUAGCAUGGAAUUAUAUCCAUACCAUUGACGAGAACGCAUUUGCGGGUCUCGAGAAUACACUGGAGUAUUUAGAUUUGGAACGAAAUAAACUGACUGUAAUACCCACAUCAUUGCUAACAUUGGAAAAGAUUCGAUAUCUCUACUUAACAUCGAAUACCUUAUCGACCAUUGAAUCGUUGCCGAAUACACUUCGCGUGCUUUCACUGGCUGGAAAUAAUUUCACCCAUAUACCGUUACAUUGCCUACAAUCGUGCACGGAUCUUACCUAUUUGAAUAUGGGCUACAAUAAAAUUGUGGAAAUUCAAGAGAAUGGAUUCAUUGACUGGGGCAACCACUUACAAACAUUACUUUUACGAAAUAAUAAAAUUACACGCUUGAAUUAUGGCACAUUUAAUGGACUCGACUCAAUUAAAGAAAUAAGUUUAAGUUUUAACGACAUUCAUUACGUUCAUCCGAUGGUCUUUGAGAACAUAUCCAAAACGCUGAAAAUAUUGGAAUUAUCAUUUGGUGUGUAUCGCGAAGAUUUCCCCAUAGAACAGUUAAAAUGUUUAACCGAAUUGAUAUGGCUGGGGUUGGAUAAUAAUAAUCUAAAAUUUAUAUCGGACGAAUCCCUAAUAACCAUGAAGGAAUUAACGUACAUAAAUUUAUCAUUCAAUCGGAUAAUGAUACUGCCACGUAACAUUUUUAUUACAGACGUUCAUAAAAGUCUAAUGGAUGUGGAUUUAUCGCACAAUCAGAUAUCCGUUAUUUAUCCGUAUACUUUUGACACUUUGACAAAUUUGCAAUUUGUGAAUUUAGCGUUUAAUCGCAUUAAAGAAUUGGAGAAGCAUUCGUUCAACAAUUUGCCAUAUUUACAGUACAUCGAUUUGGCAUACAAUAAUUUGAAGAAUGUCACGGAAAGUGCUCUUACAUUCUUGCCAUCACUGUUGCACUUGGAUUUGAUGUUCAAUAAUAUGGAACAUUUUACGAUGAAACUGUUCAAGCAUGUUUCAAACGAAUCGUUGCCGCUAACGUUAAACAUCAGCAACAAUCGUCUAUCACACAUUGAUGGUGAGAUAAGCUCAUUCCUGUACAUCGGUUGUAUCGAUGCCAGCAAUAAUUUGCUCACCGACACACAAUCAUUCAAAAACCUUGGAUACGCUCUACGGAUUCUGUAUCUGAGCGGUAACAACAUAACGAAUCUAACGAAUCAUGCUUUCGGCGAUCUGGACGUGCUCGAAGUACUGGACCUGUCCGACAAUAAAAUAUCGAUUCUGCGGCGUCGCAGUUUCUACGGCCUGUCCAAUUUGCAGGAAUUGAAAUUGAAUAACAACGAAAUCGAGCAGCUGCAAGUGGAACAAUUUUCCAAUCUGAGAAAGCUGCGAAUAUUGGACCUGAGCCACAAUAAAUUGAAAGCACUGCCACGCGAGGUGUUUCUCAAUACACGACUGGAAUACCUCAAUGUUGCCAAUAAUCAAUUGGGUAUAUGGCCGGUGGCCUUUUCGGAUGUUGGUUUCACGCUGCGAAACAUUCAAUUCAACGGAAACCAAUUGGAAUAUCUCGACUCGACGAUGUUCAUCAAUACACAAUUCAUUUUCGAAUUGAAUCUAUCCAAGAAUAAAUUAACCAUUUUACCCGACAACACGUUUACCUUUCUAAACAACCUGACCGACCUCGAUUUAAGUUACAAUACGAUAGUUACCACCAACCUCAAAGAAAUACUCAAUCACACACCACGAAUACGAAAGUUGAAUUUGAAUGGAAUGGGACUGUACAGUAUGCCAAACGUAGCAGCGGCUCUGAACUAUUUAACCGAAUUAGAUUUAAGCAUGAACUAUUUGCAAGACAUAAGUCCAUUAAAUAAAUUGAAAUUUUUGAGAGUUCUACGAAUUGCACAAAAUAAAUUAACAAAUUUAACAAACUUUGGAGAUCGACUGCCGCUAUCGUUGAGAGUGUUGGAUAUUUCAUGGAAUCCGAUAAAGAAAACUCAGUUGCACGAUUUCGUGCAAAUUCGAUAUUUGGAGGAAUUGUACAUGGAAAAUGUAAAAGUUACCAAUUCACUGUUCCUAUCCAAAUUGCAUAAUCUGAAAGUUUUACGAAUCCAUUCAUCGUUCAAUUUGGGUGAUGUAAUCGUACGGUUAACUGGCCUACAAAAACUCUACAUCGUAAUGAACGAAUCGACAUUGGACGAUAAUUUUCUGGUUAAAUUAAUAAAUCACACCAAAAUCAAUUUGCUCGAAAUAACUGGGAAUCGAUUGACAACAAUAACGCCGAAUGCAUUUCACGGAUUAUCGCAUAAUCAGAAGCUGCAUCUUCGCAUAACAAAUACACAAAUCGCCGAAUUUCCACCGGAAAUAUUUUAUACGCUGAAAAAUAUACCACAUUUGAGCAUCGAUUUAUCGUUUAAUCGAAUUUCGUCAUUAUCACCAGACAGCUUUUAUCCGACCGUUUCCAUUUGGGACGCGGUGGGUACACGUAGCAUUAUUGGCGGACUGGAUUUGCAUGGUAAUGCAUUGCAAUGCGAUUGUGGACUGGUUUGGUUGGGACAUUGGCUGAGACGAUGGUUGCGAGAGACAGCACAGAUGAAUGUUAUUUCGAGAGACGAAUUGAAGAGAAUGCUGUUGCGUGCGAGGAAAAAUACAUGCAUUGACCAGCUAACAGGCAACGAGCUGCCAUUUUUGGAAAUAUUUCCCGAGGACCUAUUAUGUCAUGCGAGCGCUUUAAGCAGCUUAGCAGUCAAUCAACGUGUAUCGACAAGUUCCAUAUGUAUAACAAUUAUUUUGAUAAAAUUCGUUUUAGUUUUGUUUUAAAUAAUUUAUGUAUAGUGUUGGUUUUACAGUGGUUGGUAUAUUAUAUAGUCGUAUAUGGAUACGUACGACUCGUAAGUAGUAUUUUGUGAUUUGAAUAUAUAUUUGGUUUUUGUUAUUGACGGAAUGCGCAAAUUUACUUUAACCAAUUCUUCCAAUUUAUGAGAACAAUUAGACAAGCAAGUU